UAAAGAAGCUGGGGAAAGAAUUUUUUUUUAGGCCGUGAAAAAUAGAGAAAAAUAAUUUCCAAAAUUUGGAAAGUGCAGCUCGCGUGCAAAAACUUAUUGGAAAGAGAUGCCGAGUCAACGGCGAUGAGUGGGACCCACUGUCUGUGCCCCUCGUCCACAGAGUCGUGUAGCAACAAGGCCUCGCCUGGUGCACAGCUGAGGUUCUGAUCCUGGAUGCCUGAAUGGCCAUUGACCGAGGGUCAGUAAAGAUGUGCAGCAACACUUUCUGGUCUCCUCCAACAAGAAUUGUUGGAACUGGCUGAAAAGGGAUUGCUUGUAUAGAACUGGAAGAGACUAAUGCAUAUGUGGAGCAAGUCAUGCCAAAGGUUUCGUUGGGCCAGGCAUCUCCUGUGACAGAGAGAAGGUGUGCAAUUGCCUCCCAGGUCUCUACUGAUUCCAGUUAUCAGUGGUUGUUCAGAAGUGUAGAGCUGUGGCCUGCCCAAUAUUCUCUGCCUUUUUGGGUAGAUACCAAGUGCAGGUUAAAUAUUUACCACAGAGUUAUGACUGAGAUCGGGAUAAUUUUGCAGGGGUGAAUUUGAACCACUGUCCCUCCACUUCAUGACGCCUCCAUGCUGCCUAAAAAUUCUAAACUGCUCCCAUAUUGCUGAAGCAGCCUUAAACUCUGGAUGCAACAGGUAUCUAUCAACUGGAAGUGAUCAUAAUACACAGACUGAAAACACAGGAAAUACACUUGGUAGCGAGAAGGUGGGUAAAGCCCCAUUUUUCUAGGGACUUGGCCAAUAAGGCUGCAAUGGCAGCUGUUGCCACUGAUGACCUAAGUCAAAUCACAAUAACAAAACAGAAGGAAGAUACGCAGAAGGUUUUAGAAGCCAAAUGGAAAGGGAAGGAAUCAAAGCCAAGGAGAACCCUUGAGUGCCUGAUCUGCGGAGCAUUCUUCAGCAGUGUUGACAAACUUAAAGUCCAUUCAUACUCUCACACAGGAGAGAGGCCCUACAAGUGCUCACACCCGGAGUGCACUAAAGCCUUUGUGUCCAAGUAUAAACUUCUCAGGCACAUGGCCACACAUUCACCACAAAAAACACACAAGUGCACCUACUGUGAAAAAAUGUUCCACCGGAAAGAUCAUCUGAAGAACCACCUUCAGACUCAUGAUCCAAAUAAAGAGGCCUUCAAGUGUGAAGAAUGUGGCAAAAACUAUAACACCAAGCUGGGUUACAAGCGCCACCUAGCACUGCAUGCUGCCACCAAUGGUGACCUGACCUGUAAAGUGUGCCUUCAGACAUUUGAGAGCACAGAGGUUUUGCUUGAGCACCUGAAAACACAUUCAGGCAAGUCGUCAAGUGGUGUUAAGGAGAAAAAGCACCAGUGUGACCACUGUGACCGACGGUUCUACACUCGGAAAGACGUUCGGAGACACAUGGUGGUUCACACAGGCAGGAAAGACUUUCUUUGUCAGUAUUGUGCUCAGAGGUUUGGCAGGAAGGACCACCUGACAAGACAUAUGAAGAAGAGUCAUUCGCAGGAGUUGUUGAAAAUUAAGACUGAGCCAUCUGAUGUAAUGGGUCUGAUUCACUGCAGUCCACCUGUAACAGUGAAGGAAGAACUUAGUCCAAUGAUGUGCAUGGCUUCUAAGGAGACAGUAAGUAAGCCAUUUACUAGUUUGCCGAUGAGCAUGUACAGUUCACACAUUCAAGCCAUGACAAAUUCAGGAUCAUCACAUAGCCUGGUUGCUAGUUCUCUAGCUAUGGGAAUGGGUUGCCAGAUGGAAUCCCCGUCCUCAAUUCAUUCAGCACCUCCUCAACCCCCUUCUAAGUAUCAGAUUGGAUCUACCUCAUAUGCCACUGGCUUGCCUGAGAAGCCAACAAAAAUUGAGAUGGAAAGUUACUUAAUGGACUUGCACAGCAGUUUGCCACUUUCAUCCCAUGAAUCUCAGCCUGCACCAACUAAAGUAGGCUUAGAUUCACAAACUGGGCCUCUGGAUGACAUUUCUGGUGAACAUUUGCUCUCCAAAAGCCCUGCUAUAAUUACUGAAUCCCUCUGUACAGCAAACAUGGAUUUUUCCCAUUUGCUGAGCUUUUUACCACUGAACCACCCUACGUACAAUCCACCUGUUUCAGCAGGGGGGCUGGUAAUGGGCUAUACACAAAGUGAGCCUCAGUCCUUACUUACCUCUCUUCAGCCUCAACUGCAGGACUCCCAAGGAUCUGGAAAUGGCCUAAGCCUUGGGCCUCUUCAUCCAUUGUCUCCAGUCUUUACAACCAGUCUGAGCACAACAACGUUGCCGCGUUUCCACCAGGCAUUCCAGUGAACUGCUGUUGGAUUUAUUAUUUGGUAGUCUGUGCUUGGAGUGGAAUUUACUGAAGCGCACAAAGCUUUCUAAAACUCGAGGGGAAGCUGAAGCUUUGAUAAGGCAAUUUCCGUUAUCCAGUCUAAUCCAUAAUAUGGAGUUUUUAAAAUCCGUUAGCAACUUAGGCAUUCACAAACAAUGAGCCUUUUGCUUUCUACACUCUUAGCAUGGAUACAAAUCCACAUGGGGACUGAACAUAUCAGAACUCAGAGAAGUGGAUGAGUUUUAAUGUGAAAAUUACUCCCCAGAUAGCUAGAUGCUUCAUACUUUUUUUUAAACAUUCAUUGGAGAUCUGUUACAAAUGCAAAGUUAUUCCAUGAGUUAAAUGUUUGAGAUAGAAUUUUAGAGAAAAAUUAGUGAAGGAUGGGAGAAAUUAUAAAUCUAGUUAUUAUGGCAUUAUGCGAAUACAUCAGCCUCUGCUUUGUCAAUCAAGCUUGGCCAGCUGUCCAAAUUAUGCUUUUCUUUUUAACGGAAAUAUUAUGUCCCACAAUAAGAUCUCUGAGUAACAGGUUUUUGCGUGGUCAAGUCGAUUGUGCCCAUAAUGUGAAUUGUUAAAAUCUUCUUUUUAAAAAAUCAGACACUUUGUACAUAUUAACUUGCUAAUUCUCACAAAGCAGAAUUGAUCUGCUUAAUCAUUCAAAAAGAUGUUGCUAUGUGUAAUAUCAGUAGGUAAAUGCUCAGCACAUUCUUGUGGCUCUCUCUUCAUUUUAAUAGUAGCAUUAACCCAUUUUAAGUAAAAUAAAUGCAGGUUAAACUAGCCAGCAGAAACAAUCCCUAUGGACACUAAGUUAAGAAUGUUGGUAACAAUAAUCCUCGCCUCUUUUUUUUGUAAUGGUAUUUGUCAUUCUGGGGUUUAUGAAACUUCUUACUAUUGAAUCCUAUUUAUUUUUUGAUAGGAAAGCAGCAGUUUUCGUAUUUAAAUUUUUCUCAUGAGGGUAAAUGUCAUUUAUUUAUGUGAUCACUUUAACCCAUACAUUAAUAUAUCUUACUGUGUUGUGCGGAGCUGUCACAAGAACUCAUACAGCAAUCUGCUUACGAGAGUUUUGGACAUCAACAGUAGCUCACUUACAACAAAGCUAAAACAUGCAACACGUUUUUAAAAAGAAAUCAGCAGUUGUAAAUUCUACUGCUGAUUUAUUUAGGGUACAGAUUAAGCACCUUAGUAAUCAUUAGAUUGCUAAACCAAGGAACACUCUUGGUGUUUACUGCCAGUACUGUAAAUGCAUUUCUCAUUAGCUGUAACACUUGCAAACAGUAUUGAAAGGAACAACUUAAGUCAAUGUAGACCACACAGAUAGUUUGCAACAAAGGUACGCACAUGUACAAAAAUAGUCACAGCUGUUUGAUCAAAGUUAGAUGCAGAUUUUUUUUUACACAAGUCUGGGCCUCUUUUUUUAACUGAACUUGCAGAUUUAUAUUUUUGCCUCCAGAUUUGUGGCACAAUUAAAAUAUAGCAUUUUGAAUAAAAUUUAAUGUCAUAAUAGCCAGUAUGUAAAUGUGUGUGGUGGAGUUUUCCUUCCAACACUAAUUUUGCCUUUAAAGACACAACGAACACUCAACUCGCAGCUUAAUGGGGAGGUAUUAUGGCUUAAUUAUAAUGCAGUUGCUUCUAAUAUUUUAAUCAUCCUACCUUUUACACCUGAGUAAUAAUCGUAAAUUGUUUUUGUUUAUUCAUUUAAACCCCAAAUGUAUCUUCAAGAGACAUUAUGAUAUACAUCUCUGUAUAAUACUAUAAUGCAUAUUUUAGAAAAUUUAGCUCCAAUUAAGUAGUUAAACACAAGCUAAUUGAAUUCUUAACCAUUUUCUGCAAGAAAUGCAUUGUUGGCUUGUAGAUGUAGUAAUCUUAAAGUUCAUUGAAUAUCACUAGACCUUUAUAUAGUGAAUAUGUACUUUGAAAAUAUUGUAUCUUUUCCUUGUAUUUAGGAACUGUGAGAUCUAGAAAGGAUACAGAACAGGGUGUUUGAUUUAAGAAUACCCUGAUAAUAUUAAGUCAGGGUCAGAAUACCCUGAUAAUAUUAAGUCAGGGUCUCAAAGAUUUUUAUGUUAUGCUUGUGUUUUAAUGUAAAGAUUUUAGUUCUGUUACUAUUUUGCCUCUCCUGACAGUGCCUUAUUCUGGCCACCUGAGGCUUUGAGCUGUUUGAUUCCCUAUUCCACAGUUUGUUUUUGAGCAGGACCUCACAAAGACACAACACACCACCUCAUGCAUGUUUCUUGCUAUAAAACCUAGGAGAAAACCAAACCUGGCUUACAAUGAAUAUGAAAACUAGUUCAAAAUCCAUAUAGAAACAAUAGAAAUAAACAUUUUGCUGUUGAUUUUUGCAAAUCAAUUCUCCAUGUCUAAAUACAUUAAAUGCUUCUCUUGUAAAUCAACAAUAUUAGGCUUUGUAUAAUUAGGAUCGAAUAAUAUCACUGCCGAAUUAUUCUACCUAAGAAUUUUCAUGGAGUUCCCCUCGUUGUCAAUUGAAAUUCAGGUAAAUUGUUACAGCAAUAGUUCAGCAUUAUCUCAAACCUUGUGGAUUUUGUAAAUUCACUAUUUUGAGAAGGAACUAAAAUGUAGACACAGUAUGAAUGGGAAAAAUUGUUAAUUUGUUACAUGCUUCAAUCUUUGCAACAGAAGAAAAUUGUUUACAUCAAUAUUUUGGAAGGAAGAAAGUGUGCUACACUGUGGCUAGAUUUCUUAGUUAUCCUGAAGGCCAAAAUCAAGUACAGUAAAACUGAUAAUCUGGCAUUCUCUGGACUAGCAGAUUUGCUGGACAAUUAAAUAUUGUUCCUAUUAAUAUCCCAACACACUUUUGAUUCAUUCUUUUUAGAUGCUACACAAUAGUAUAAUACAUUUUCUAGUGAACCUGGUAAGUUUAAAGAGAGAGCGGGAAAUGGGGCUGCAGUGAGCCCCAAUGCCAAAUCAUCGGGAACUUGGAACAAUCGGAUAGCGGAUCAUCUGAGUUGUACUCUUGAAACCUUAUUCACACCAGUGAAUACUGCACAUUGAACAAAUACUUGUUUUUUCAGUGAACUCAUUUCUUGUAUUCAUUGUAAGGUUCUUGGCUGGUUAUUUUGCUAUGUUCUAGCACUUUCAGAAAUCUUUAUAGGAGAGUAUCUUUUCAGCACCAUAAACUGGUAAUUAAUCUUUUAUAAGUGCUGUUUUUGUUAGAUGUUUUAGUAUUAUGAUAGAGCAUUACAGUGUUUUUUGUAUUACUACCAUUCAGCUGCUCAUUCUUUAAUGCUUGGGAUGUCUGAUGCAUAAAUCAACUUAUUGUAUAAACCAGACUCGCACUCAAAUCUCUUUCUUGUUUGAACCUGGAUGAUGGAGUCACCAAUUGUUUUAAUUAUUGCUGCAAGUCUACAUUAUUCAAAGGUUUAAUCACCGUAUUUGGAGUUGUACAAAUUGUAUCCUCCUCCAGAAUUGUUUACCAAUGAUUUAUACAUCAGAUAGCCUAGAGUCAAUGUGCUUCCAUAGUUGCACAAUUUCUCUGUAUUUUGUAAAGUUCUUUACAGUUAAGAGUAUCGUCUAUAUUUGUACUGAUAUUUUAGGACUGAAUGAAAGCAGAUCAAGAUAAAGUAAUUUGCCCAUUUUAUAUUUUUUCAAAAAAUAAAUUGUGCCUGCUCCUAACGGAAGUGAACUAACUUGGGGAUCGAAGGCACAGUCAACAUUAGUAUUUGCUGGAUUUUUCUGCAGUGGAUGACUGAAGACUGAAACUGUUUUGCUUCCUCAGAAAGCACUAAUUACUGCCAAGAUGGUUUCCUCUCUCAAUCUACCAUGUGCCAAGCCUCACCUAGGACUAAAGUGAAUGUGUAAAACACUUGAUGUGUGGAAUCCACAAAGUGUCAACAGAUCGCUAGUAAAAGUUGGAAAAACUGCAAUCCAUUUCUGUCCUUUAUACAUUGUAUAGUAAAUAGUAUUUUUUCCCUGCAUUUUGUUUUUAAAUUACUACAUUCUGUCAUGACAGGAUGUUUACUGCAUAUGGUAAUCAUUAUUUUUAUAUAGCAUUUUAUUUACAUACUACUGGUAUUUGUACAAAUGUAUUUCAGGUUAAGUGCAACAUAAUCACAUUUUUAAAUGAGCAUUUUAUCAGGUUUCAUUUGCAAUUUGUUGCUGCAGUUGAAUUUGUUGGACAUUUAUUGGUAGAUCCAAAGAAAUAUUUCAAACAUAUUUACUUAUUGUACAUUAUACAUUGACUGCUACCAUGUUACUUUUGAACAAUUAAACAAUGGAGCUUGAACUGCUAAAUGUUCAUUAUUUACAUUCAUUCGGAUUCCUUAAGACAUAAUUUCAAGGGUUGCAUGAACUAUUAACAUAAGACUACUUUGCUGUUUUUGGUAAACAGAAACCAUGCAGGAAGAUGAGUAUUCUUGGUAUUCACUUACCAUUGGAAGCUUUCCGUUGUGGAGUGCGUACAUUAGAACUUUAACUUCAUUGCUGAAUGUGUGUUUUGUUUUGAUAGUCUUUCCAUCAUUAGCUGUUAAAAUCCUUCAAGCUGCACAAAUUAAGGUUGUUGUCUAUUUAUGGGAUCAUAAUAAGAGUGUAAUAACAGAGGCAGCGUAUCUGUUUUUACUCAACUAUCCAUACAACCCAUUAGUCUAGUCUGGCUUGACUUGUUUACUGGCAUCUAUAUUUUUUGGAGAAAUUGGCACAAAGUUGAUUAAAAAUGCCCAGUUCAUACCAAAUAUACUAUUUAAAACAUUCUUAAUUUUUACUUAACCAGAAUGUCAACAGAUAAUUAAACCAAACCCAGGCCACUCACCCUGCAUCACUAAUGAUAUAAAUGGAAAAAUUCAAUUUUAAAUUGUUUCUGCAUAUAGUGGCUUGAUCUAUUGUAUUUUGUUGGCCUUUUCCAUGUUGCCCUGGUGGUGUGUAAGAAGUUUGGGAGGAGUUACUUAUUUUAUUUUGUACUAACAGCCAGCUAUACACAAGGCGGUACGGCCCCAGGCCUCAGGCUUCAGAUGGUCUUUUGCUUGAGCUUUUUGCAAUUCCUGUGUUAAAGCAAUGUUAAUUGUGCAGCUCUUCCUCCAUCCUGGCAAAUCUUAGUGAUUUCCCCACUGUAUGUGAGAAGUUUAAAUUUCAGUUUUCCUGAUUAAUUACUCUAAUAAAUUCAUUAAUCUAGAGUAAUGAAUUUAUAACAUUGCAAACUUGAUUUUUGUCCCUCUUCAGAGCUGAGUUUUACUUUACAAUAGAAGCUGAAUGUUAUUAUGGAAGCCAUUUUAUAUACAAAGUUCUAGUUAAAUGAUCUAAUGUAAAGAAUGUUUGUACAGAAUAUUGAGCUUAGUUUACUGGGGUGAAAACAUUAAAACAUGACAUUAGUUGCAAGCUGAUGUGCAUAAAGUAGUAACAAAUAUGCUGAGAAUAGAAAAUGCAACUAAGCACAUGUAUUUUCUAGCAUUCACACCAAGCUACCAGAUCAGUAGGCUCUAAUCUGCUUUCUAGUUUCUUUUGCUUGGCACAUCUUUGCAAGCAGAGUGAUUCUCAGAUUCUUAAACUGGCUAGAAAUGGUUAUUUAAAAAAAAACUAAUAAGAAUAUACAUAGAACCAUAGAACAAUACAGCACAAUACAGGCCCUUUGGCCCACUAUGUUGUGCUGAUCUUCAAACCACACCUAAGAUUAUCUAACCCCUUCCUCCCACAUAUCCCUCUAUUUUAAAUUCCUCCAUAUGCUUAGCCAACAAUCUCUCGAACUUGACCGACGUAUCUGCCUCCAUCACCACCCCCAGCAGCGCAUUCCAUGCACCAACCUCCCUCUGACAUCUCCCUUGAACUUCCCACCCAUUAACUUAAAGCUAUGCCCUCUUGAAUUGAGCAUUGGUGCCCUGGGAAAGAGGCGUUGGCUGUCCACUCUAUCUAUUCCUCUUAAUAUUUUGUAUACCUCUAUCAUGUCUCCCCUCAUCCUCCUCCUCUCCAACGAGUAAAGCUCUAGCUCGUUUAGUCUCUCCCCAUAAUCCAUACUCUGUAAUCCAGGCAGCAUCCUGGUAAAUCUCUGCACUCUUUCCAAUGCUGCCACAUCCUUCCUAUAAUGAGGCGACCAGAAUUGGACACAGUACUCUUAAGUGUGGUCUAACCAGAGUGUUGUAAAGCUGCAUCAUUACUUCGUUGCUCUUAAACUCUAUCCCACAAGCUUUCUUAACUAUCGACCUGUGAGGCAACUUUCAGUGAUCUGUGGAUAUGAACCCCCCAGAUCCCUCUGCUCCGCCACACUACCCAGAAUCCUGCCAUUAACCUUGUACUCCGCCUUGGAGUUUGUCCUUCCAAAGUGUACCACCUCACACUUCCCUGGAUUGAACUCCAUCUACCACUUCUCAGCCCAGCUCUGCAUCCUAUCAAUAUCCCUCUAAGCUUCGACAGCCCGCCACAAGAUCCACACCAUCACCAAUCUUUGUCUCAUCU